AGGUUAGGAGUGAUGGGGCAUAUUCUUGAAAGCUAUUACUUACGGGGGAGACUGUUCUUUGCCCUUUGGGUAAGAGCAGCUGUGAAUGUCCUUUGUCUUUGGAAACAUCAAGAUAGAAAGUUGUUGCCAUUUGCUUCAAACAUUUUAAGCUCAAAUUCAGAAAUGAAACCACUGGUUCUUUGACUUCCCUCCAUUUGCUCGUGCCUAUCGCCUAACAUCCAAGCCAGAAACAAAAACAAAAACAAAAACUGACCCGAAGACAUAAUUGGACUGCUCUUUCGACAUGGCGGGUGUUCUUCUUUGGGUCAUAAGUCCCAAAGAGAAUGCGACAGCUUUACUUAGUUUGAUACCGAGGAGUGGGAAACAGAAGAGGUGUAGGUUAUGUCCAGGACUGAAGUUCUCAACUGGGUUCUCAGCCAUUUCAAGUGCAGUUGCUAACCCAGCAAGAUCUGCAGAGGAGAAGGUUUAUGAGGUGGUGUUGAAGCAGGCUGCCUUGGUUAAAGAAAAGAGGCAAAAGAAAGCUUUGGAUUUGAAAAGAACAGAUGAAACUGAUGGUAUGACAGAUUGGGAUCUGUUGAAUGAAGCUUACGAUAGGUGUGGUGAAGUCUGUGCUGAGUAUGCUAAGACUUUCUACUUGGGUACAUUACUUAUGACACCAGAGUGCCGGAGAGCCGUUUGGGCAAUUUACGUGUGGUGUAGAAGGACUGAUGAGCUUGUGGAUGGACCUAAUGCUUCACACAUUACACCCAGCGCUCUUGAUAGAUGGGAGAAAAGAUUAGAUGACCUUUUUGAAGGUCGCCCAUAUGAUAUGCUUGAUGCUGCUUUGUCUGAUACUGUCUCAAAGUACCCUGUAGACAUACAGCCAUUCAAGGACAUGAUAGAGGGAAUGAGACUGGAUUUAAAGAAAUCGAGAUAUCAGAACUUUGAUGAGCUCUACCUUUAUUGUUACUAUGUUGCUGGGACAGUGGGACUAAUGACCGUUCCAGUAAUGGGGAUUGCACCUGAAUCGAAGGCAUCGACAGCCAGUGUCUAUAAUGCUGCAUUAGCCCUUGGAAUUGCUAAUCAGCUUACUAAUAUACUUAGAGAUGUUGGAGAAGAUGCUAGGAGAGGAAGAAUAUAUCUACCACAAGAUGAACUGGCACGUGCUGGCCUAUCGGAUGAUGACAUAUUUUGCGGUGAAAUAACAGACAAGUGGAGAAAUUUUAUGAAAGAUCAAAUAAAACGAGCAAGGAUGUUCUUUGAUGAGGCUGAAAAAGGUGUUGCAGAGCUAAAUGCUGCUAGCAGAUGGCCAGUGUGGGCAUCACUGUUGCUAUAUCGACAGAUACUAGAUGCCAUUGAAGAAAAUGACUAUAACAAUUUCACCGAAAGAGCUUAUGUAGGGAAAGCAAAGAAAUUUGCGUCACUUCCAGUGGCCUAUGGAAGAGCACUUAUGGGCACUUCCAAAUUGUUCUGAGUUGUCAUUUGCUUGAAUUAUUUUUCCUUUCUCCUUUUUUUUUUUAUGUUUUUGUUUUUGUUUUUUGUUUUUAUGUUCAUUUGUUUUGAUUUCUACAAUGCAACAAGUCAUUCGUCUGUAAAUUGUUUUUACUGAUUUGGUUGGUAAAAGUAAGAUGGUAUGGGCGCAGUUAAAAUCUGUAAUAUGUUUCAAGUUCAAUCAAGCAUGAAAUAAAAAGUUUAUGCACUA